UGUGAUUGUAUUUAACUGUGCGGGGAGGAAACAUAUUCCCCCUGGAACUGUCCCCUAUUGAUAUGACGAUCACUACUGCUGGGUCACACCAUGCACAGCAGGCAGAAACCCAGUGCUCCAGAACACAAGAGGAAUCUUGCAGCGCAUGGAGGAGCUCUGUCCAUGUCCCACAAUGACACACGCUCUUUUUUCAACUUCUCUCAGCUUGUGCUCUCUGCUGGCCAUCUCAAAUCACCACCAGUGCUCAAACAUUCAAAAAUCACUUACUUUGAAGUGGAAAUUCUUGAUGUGCAAAGCAAGAAGCAGAUCUGCAUUGUGGACAAGGUACCUCCAUCAUCCACCCUUCUCGAUGUGAAACACAAAUUUCACAAAGCAUGUCCCCAGUGGUACCCUUCCCGUGUUGGCCUGCAACUAGAACGCAAUGGGCCCUAUUUGAAGGAUUCCAUUAACAUACAAAGCCUUGCCGUUUCCUCCAUCAUUACACUGUAUUUUACAGACCUAGGUCAGCAGGUCGGUUGGACCACGUUUUUUCUAACAGAAUACACCGGGCCUCUUCUAAUAUAUCUGCUCUUUUACAUUCGCCUCUCAACUAUUUAUGAUCAAGUGGAAAGUAGGAAGAAUUUCCGCCACCCAGUGGUUCACUUGGCCUGCUUCUGCCAUUGUUUACACUACAUCAGACAUCUUCUGGAGACAUUAUUUGUUCACAAGUUUUCAGGAGGGCACACUCCUCUGAAAAAUAUGAUAAAGGGCUGUGCCUUUUACUGGGGGUUCACUUCCUGGAUUGCAUACUACAUCAACCAUCCACAAUAUACGCCACCAUCAUUUGGCCACAGACAAAUUUCUUUUGCUGCUCUUGCUUUUCUGAUGUGCGAAGCUGGAAAUCACUUUAUCAACGUAGCUUUAGCUCACCAAAAUCAUUCAGGUAGUAAAGCCUGUUUUCCAAGUCCAACCUACAACCCCUUCACAUGGCUUUUCUUGCUGGUAUCCUGUCCCAACUAUACAUAUGAGGUUGGUUCUUGGAUUAGUUUCACAGUGAUGACACAAACCCUGCCAGUUGGCAUUUUUGCUUUCCUGAUGGUCAUCCAGAUGUCUCUCUGGGCCCAGAAAAAACACAAGCUAUAUCUGAAGAGGUUUUAUCCAGAGGUGCGGAGAAAAGCAGCUAUGAUUCCUAUCAUCUUCUAAGCUCUUCACAAGAACUGAAGCCUAAGUGUACAGUUCAAGAGCUAACUCAGAGUAAAUGAGCCAUUUCAUUCAGUAACCAAAGUGGAUCAGAGGAAGAACUACUGGAUAUCUUUUUCAGAAAAUUAACAGUUCAAGACGAACAGCUUUUAAUUAAGUGAUAAAAUGUAGCUCUUGAAUUCUUGGUUCCUGCUAGAAGAUAUGAUUUAAUUAGAUUUUCUGUAAUGGAGCUAAUUGGGAAGGGACAAGAAAAUUGCUUAUAUUGAAUGUUAGGCUAGAUAUUUAACUGGUGUAAAUGGGCACAGAUGCUGUUAAAAUUAAUGAAUACAGCUCAUCUGCAUGCAUUCAGGUCUGGUGAUUUUAAGGUUCAGUGUUAGAUGUUGACGAGAGCCUUGGAUUUUUGCAUCAGAUGUUUCACAGCCCUAUUUUUAUUAAAAGGCACAGAAACAGCACAUUCUGCCUUGGCUCCCCUAAAGCAUCACAUCAAAGAACGACCACUAUGCUGUUGACACAGUCUAGUCCAGCUUUACAAGGUUUUUCUUUCUUUCUUUCUCUGUAAUUGAAUCUCAUAGCAAAUUGUUCAAUACAAGUUGGCUUAAAUUGAUCAUUGCAGAGAGGUCUGGCUUUCUUUCAUUUUCAGGUAGGCAGAUCAGACCUAUGAUUGCAGGAUGGGACUGUUUAUGAGGUGCUUCCCAUCUUGCUACUAAUUUGCAGCAUGUCCUUAGGAACAUCAUUUAAGUCCAUUCCCCUUUCUCACAUUGAAAAGUUCUGGAAAUAGCAAAAGACUUUCUGGACUAACAAGCACAUUAAGAUCCCCUUGUUCAGUGCCCAGCUGCAUCCAGACACCAUUCACCUUGUUUGUAUUAAGCACUGUGAAAUCCUUGGGCAGAAGGUGAAUCAGAGUACAGCUCAUUAUCGAAAAAGGAAAGAGAUCCUGCCAAAUACAUUUCAGUCUGUAUCUGAACUGUUUCAGAUGGACACUGCUGAAAGGUUUCAGCUCUUGCUUCAGUUUGGUCAUUCUCUAUCUGCUACUUUGCUUUCCAUUACGUUAUUUUUUAAGGUAUUCUCUGGGCUUUUUAUUCAAGUCUUGAAAACUCUUUUAGCUCCAUUUGCAAAUCAGAAAUCAGUGCAUCUAUGUCAUGCAGAAGUAUAACUUUAGUUACACAGAGAAAAAAAAAAAAACCCAAACCCAGAACUACUUCAGCCAGCAAGUAUUAAGAUAUGGAGAGUUGGGGCAUUAAGUCCAGUUUUCAUUCUAUUUCUGUUGCAAAUUUAUCAAUGUCUUUUGACUCCCUUAGGCUACUGAAAAAGCUUGCCUAAAGAACUUCAUAAUCAUUAGAGAAACACUGCAGUGCACAAGCAAGGCAGGCAAUUUGUCUCCUAAAGGCACUGUUAUCUUUGCACCAGCUCAAGCUGGUUCUAACAAAGUUAAUUUGCCCAGUAAAUUGGGUUCAUAUCCCUUUUCUAAUGUCUAACUUGCAACACUUGCCCCUAUUAGCCACGGUAACUCAAUUUCGUCUUAGUAAUGUAAAUAAAUCACUUUCCAUAUUUUUGAACUUGUAACCUGUGAACAGCUAAAACUUUUUACUCCUCUCAAUGGAAAACUCAAGUCACAGUGAACAUUCAGUUCUCUAACCCAGACUGCUAAUAAAGAUCUAUUUUUGAAAAA